UUUUUUUUUUUAGUUUUUUUUUUACGAUGGAAGGUUUUAAAAGGCUUGUUUUUAAUCCGUUUAUGUGUGUGUGUGUGCGUGUGUGUGUUUGUGUGUGUGUGUGUGUGUGUGUGUUUGUUUUGUAAGCGGACUGCUGAACGUCUGUAUAUAUAUUAGUGUUAAGGGUAAACACAGCAUUUUUUUUUUUUUAUGUAAGGUUAAUUCAUUGAACAUGUAAUCCCACAAUUCGCUUUUAUUUUUUGAUAUAUUGACGUAUAGUUGUACAGUCAAGCUCAGAGGUCGAUUAACUGAAUACACUCACCUCUACUGUCGCUGUCGAGUUUGCUUUCAGUCUUAAGUCCUCUGGUCAAAAUCUUAUAAAACUUGACAACAUAUUACAAGCAGAUCAGAGAACUUAAAAAAAAAACAAGAAAAAAACAUGAAAAUAACACCUAACACAGUGGAAAUAAGUGUGGCAGGUUACUAAACUUAUGACGCUGACUGUACACGUAUAUUUCCAUCAAUUCAUCCAGUUUCUAGUCCCUUAUGUUCAUGGCAUUCUUGGUUACUGGUUCACACUUCCUUGCUUUUGUUUGGUGCAGAGGAUUACGGAGUCAAUCUUGGUUCUCGGUUCCACAGGUGACUUUGCACAGGUCAAGCUUGCGUGCCGAGGACAGGUGUGGCGCGACCUUGUGGCUGCGCGGGUUACCUUUACCUGUACAUAAUUAUAAAUACGUGCGAAGGUGUGCUUGUCCCCUCACUCCUACCUGAGGACUGAGAGAGAGAGAGAGAGAGAGAGAGAGAGAGAGAGAGAGAGAGAGAGAGAGAGAGAGAGACUGUAAUACUGUAAUAAACAAGGAAUGUAUACAUGUUUGUGUGUUUGUAAGAGAUAACGCUGUAUGUCAACAAACAUGUAUAUAAUGUAUACAUAUUUAAUAGAUGAUUAUAUACACAUACAUACAUACAUACAUACAAUACAUACAUACAUAUAGACAGACAGACAUAUUACACUCACAUAUACAUAGAAAAGAACUGAAGCACACACACACACACACACACACACACACACACACACACACACACACACACGUUACUAUAGACCGUGAUAGCAGUAACUAGGGUCUUCCUCCAUCAGUGUUUACACAGUUGUAAUGUUGGCGAAAUUAAAAAUAAAAAGAGAACAUAUCCAAGUUCA